AUGUCAGUCGCCGCACACAGACCUCCGAUGAACUACCCUGAACCUCGUACGAAGCUUAUGUUCGGGUUCGGUGCGGCAUCGCUGUCAUCGAAUCCGUCGCAAACUCCGGCUGAGAGCAAGAUCUGCUUCGGAAUUGGAAGCAAUGUAAGCAGCUCGGGCGGACAAACAAGACCAUCUGGAGUGAAUCACACAGUCUCGGCUGCUUCUUUGUUUGGAUGCAAGAUUGCUGGUGUCUGCUCUAGUGACGAGAGUCCGCUCCCCAUGGGCUCUACGGGCGCGCUAUCUUCCUUACUUCAAAAGUCGCAAGCUCCAUCACGUUCUUGCUUGUUGGAGGUCUCGUUGAAGGCAUUGCAAUGCGAUAAGUCUCCCCCUUGUUUGCGAGCAAAUGCAGCGAGCUCAAUCGCCAACAUGGCUUUGCAAUCCGACAUCCAGAACAAGAUGCUCGUUCCAUCCAACCUUGAUUCUCUUGUACAUAUUUUGAAAUGCUCAGAAGAAAGUACUGUCCGACAAUUCCUGUGCAUGGCUUUCGGAAGACUUGUGUCGAACAAAACGUCCUUGCCGGUUCUCUUGGCCCAUGACUCUCUUGUACAGACGUUGCAGGAUAUUGCAAAGGACUCGAACUUGGGGUAUUGGAGACAGGCUGCUCGCACAGUUGCGAUCAUGACUGCAAAGGCAUCUGAUCAGAAUCAACUCAGCAACAUGUGCACAGCUGGAAACAUUGGAAUUCUGCAAAAACUCAUGCAGAUUGAACAAACAGAAAUCCAGACAGACGCCAUCAGAGCUCUUGUACCCUAUGUUCAGAACGCUGACAGGAUCGCACUGCUCAAUGAUAACAACAUCUGGGAGAGCUUGUUCAGGAUGGCUCACCAGUCACACUCCCCAGUGAUCGAACAGUUGACUGUAAAUAUCCUACAAACUGCAAUGGAGUCGAAAUCAAAUGGAAUUCGAUUCUCGUACCAUGCUCUGGAAUUACUCUCCGAUCUUGCGAAAGCUCAACGAGUCAAGUGGGAGACUGCUGGUGUCUGUGGUGCAAGGAACAGAUCGUUCAGUGUGGUCUUGUGUCAGUACCUCUGUGCUGAUCACGGUGAGGUGCAUGAGUACGAUCACUUGGUGGCGUCAGGAGUCUCGCGUGAGGUGGUUUCGGAUGUUUUGGAAAUGUCCAACGUGGCAGAAUUCGAAGACGAGGCGAACGUCGCCGAUUCGGGGAAGAGGAAGCGGCAUAGGCAAGAAACGAUCACUGCCUUUGCUAGACUGUGUACGGUCAGGAAGCGCAGCCGAAGUAUAGUAGACUAG